CCAUAUUUGCCGGUGCCGCUGUUGUAAACAAAAAGUGAGAGACAGACGCUUCACUGAAUUUCGGGUCAUUUUUAUUUCUUUAAUUUACAAUGUCUCUGGGAAUGUCUUAUAAACCCAAUGUCCAUCAGCACAUUCCGGGAACUUCAGGGAACCAGGUUGGAAACCUCCAAUCUCCCUCAGCAGCUAACCUGGCCACAAUGCAGUCCUACAGGCCUCUUUUGAGUGACUAUGGACCUCCAUCUCUGGGAUUCUCACAGGGCUCCUCUGGCAGCCAAGUGCCUCAGAACAAAUAUGCAGAGCUGCUGGCUAUCAUCGAAGAGCUCGGAAAGGAGAUCAGGCCCACAUACGCCGGAAGCAAGAGUGCCAUGGAGAGACUGAAAAGAGGAAUAAUCCAUGCCAGAGGGCUGGUGCGUGAGUGCUUGGCUGAGACGGAGAGAAACGCACGCUCCUAGCUAACAAACACACAUUCCUCCCCCCCGCAAGAAGAACCAACAGUGUGCGUCUCAUGAAACAAAAAUAAGAAACUUGCAUGGCAUUUCCUUUUAAAAAGAGGAAGUAAAACGAAGAAAGGAUGGAAAAGACAGCUCCUAGAGUGAAAACAAAGUUACAAUAACAAUAUUCAUGACUCUUGAGGGAUCAUUUAAAUCAUGUGUGGGUCAUUGGAAAGAGGAUUAUCAUGUGUUUUUACGUCCCACUUUCGGGAUCUUAAGUUUUGAUUUCAUAUUUAAAAUGUUGAUUUGUGCAUGCGAACGGGCCUGUGGGUUAAUUGUAGACUGUGCAUGGCUUGUACAGGGGUAGAUGGAAUAGACUUCUUCUUUUUGAUAGUAUUUGGUCUGAUUUUUUGAGGGACAGAGAUGUGCCAAAUGCAUCCGUUCAUUUGUGUUGAGGUUGGUUUUGGUAUUAAAAAAAAAGAGGAAAAUGCUA